CUUUUCUCGGUAAAUAUUAAUUGUUUAAUGCUUUUCAUCGGCCUUCAUUUUCACAGUUUCUCAAACUGAUAAGCUUUUAUCAGAUAAAUGCACCGAUACUUCGCUUGGCACUGAACGUAGCGCUGUCGCUUUUUCAGUUAGUGGUAAGUCGUUCACUAAUCACAUAAUUCCAAGACUGACGCCUUAUCAUAAUCAAUCCGUCAAUUCUACGUAGAUUGCGACAUGAGUCAUCAAUCACUUCCGAUUUUACAAAAGAACGGACCUUCACCGGCACCGUCACCCACUGUACACCCACAAGAAUUUUUCCUAGCAAACGAAGAUGCAGCAAUUUUGAAAAAAGCCAUGAGGGGUUUUGGAACCAACGAAAAAUCCAUUAUUAAUGUUCUAACAAAACGUUCAUUGGCACAACGUCUAGAAAUUAUCAACCAGUACAACAAUCUCUACAAAACGAACCUAUUAAAAGAAUUCAAAAGCGAGCUGAGUGGUAACUUUCGGAAAUUAAUACAGGCCCUGAUGACACCUCUUCCUCAGUUUUACGCCAAGGAACUACACUACGCUACCAAAGGUUUAGGUACCAACGAACAUAUUCUAAUAGAAAUUUUAUGCACCGUCAAACAUUCACAAAUCGCUGCAAUUCAACAUGCUUAUCACCACAAGUAUAAAAAAACGCUUGACUCUGACGUCCGUGCUGACACUAGUGGCGAUUUCAAAAGUCUCUUGGUGUCUCUAAUAAAUGCAAAACGCGACGAGUCUACAACGACCAAUCUCGAGCAAGCAAAAGCUGACGCUAUGAGUCUAUACAAAGCUGGCGAAAAACGCUGGGGUACUGACGAAUCCACCUUCAACAGAAUUCUGUGUUUUCAGAGCUUCGCCCAACUUCAACUGGUUUUUGAGCACUAUGAUAUUAUAUCUGGACACAGUAUCGAAAAGGCGAUCGAAAACGAGUUUUCUGGUAGUACUAAAGAUUGCCUUUUGAGUAUUAUACAAUGUGUUAGAAACACACCAGCUUUCUUAGCUAAACAGUUACACAAAUCUGUAAAAGGACUAGGAACGAAUGAUCGGGAUUUGAGACGACUGAUUGUGACGAGGUGCGAAAUCGAUAUGGGAGAUAUCAAAAAGGAGUAUCAGGCUAAAUAUUCGGAAUCUCUCGCUGACGCAAUUAAGGGCGACAGUUCCGGGGACUAUAAAAAAUGUAUGUUGACGUUGAUAGGAGAAUAGCCUUAGAACACGAAAAUGAAGUAUUUUAAUAUUGAUUGUAUUAAUUGUGUUGUGAUAUUAAAGUUGUGUAAUCAGAACGAGCUUUAGAACACAAAAUUGAAGUAUGUAUUUUAGUGUUUAAUGUCGAUAACAGGAAAAUGCAAUAAACGUGUGUUGUAA